GCGAACAUUGUCCAGCAAAUUGACCUUUGCCGCAUCCACCAUUUGCAAGGAUUAUGGCGUCGUUGUUCCGUAUAACACCGAACAACAUAUUCACGCCCUCGUCACGGUCAUUCGCGACAGCAGCACAAAAACAAGUAGCAUCCAAAUCAGAAUUAAAUACCCACUUCAAAAUCACUCUCCGCCGCUCCGCCAUUGCACUAGGCGAACGGAAGAAGGAAACCUUGGUAGCACUCGGUCUACAUAGACGCAUGCAAACUGUGUAUCAUGUGCACACCCCAGAAGCUGCAGGAAAAAUUCUUAAAGUGAAGGAAUUGGUCGAGGUUGAGAAUGUACCAGCAAAGGCUGUACGCUCUCAGUCAGAGCAGAGGAAGGAGAGGAAGGCAUCGAGAGGGUACCAGGUGCAAGGCACAAAGCUGGGAGGACUUGCAUGGGAAACUCCAUGACCAGACCACAUCAUCCCAUUGGCUAGAGUCCUUUCCCAUUAUCUUGUCUAUUACUGUCUUUCCCUUAGUUGUAUGCCUGCCCCCUAUCGUUAUUUGAAGAUUUGAUACCCUUUUCAGGCGGUGUCUGCUUUCACUCUCUGCCAUCAUGUCGUCUUUGAUCCACCACCAUCGGAACAAUAAAAUUCAUGAUGCG